AUGGAAAAGCUUGCCAACAUUUUGAAGGAUGAAAUUCCUGUUGUUCCAGAAACAGAUGACCAAACAGAAAAGGAUCUGAAAGUUGUUGAAUUAACCCAAUGGGAACAUAAUGAUGAGUUAUGUAAGAAUUAUAUUCUUAAUGGACUUGCUGAUGAUUUGUAUGAUUACUACAAUUCCGACAACAAAACUGCCAAACAGGUUUGGAAUGCUCUUAAGAAGAAAUAUGAUACUGAGGAAGCUGGAGUCAAAAAGUAUGUUGUUAGCUGCUUCCUCAAAUAUCAAAUGAUAGAUGACAAAUCUGUGGAAGCUCAGUCUCAUGAAAUCCAGAAAAUUGCUCACGAGAUUAUCUCUAAAGGUAUGUCCCUAGAUGAACAGUUUCAAAUUGUUGUUAUUAUUGACAAACUGCCCCCUGCUUGGGAAGAUUUUAAAAAUUCUCUUAAGCAUAAAACAAAAGAAUUCUCUCUAGAAAGUCUAAUAACCCAUCUUAGAAUUGAGGAGGAAUCUCGAAAGCAAGACCAGAAAGAUGAAGUUCUUCUAGUGGCAAAUAACAAGAAAAAGAAAUUCAUUGGAUCAGUUCUGAAGCAAAACGGCAAACAACUAAAGAAUCCAAAUAAGAACUUCACUUUAAAAACCAACAACAAGAAUGGAAACCCUCCAAAGGUCCCAAUUAUAAGGAAGCAAGGUUGA